UUCCGUACAACGUCACAUAUGCGCCCGCUUGUGUGCGUCAGCCGUAAAAGCCCGAGCGAUGGAAAGACGGGGGAAGAAUCACAUCCAGCCAAUCAGCGAGCUCUUCUUUCUCUAGGGAGCGAGGGCGGUGACGUCACCGUGCAGCGGGCCGGGGGAGACAGAGGAAGAGGAGCUUCCCAUUUAAAGAGACCACUCUCGUUAUCUUGACUAGAGCCCGAGUCAGGAGAAUGGUGUGCGGCGGCUUCACCUGCUCCAAGAACGCGCUAUGUGCGCUCAACGUGGUCUACAUGCUGGUUGGCCUGCUGCUGAUUGGCGUGGCGGCAUGGGGAAAAAGCUUUGGAAUAGUCUCCAGCAUCGAGAUUAUUGGGGGCGUCAUCGCAGUUGGUGUUUUCUUACUCCUUAUUGCUAUUGUUGGCUUAAUUGGAGCAGUUAGUCACCAUCAAGUGAUGCUCUUCAUUUACAUGGUGGUGUUAAUACUCAUCUUUAUUUUCCAACUGGUGGUCUCUUGUUCCUGUUUGGCUAUGAACCGAUCGCAGCAAGAGCACUUCCUGAACAACACAUGGACCCACCUCGGUAAUGUCACUCGGAGAGAGUUGGAGAAAAACUUGAAUUGCUGCGGUCUGUUAAACACCACGAAUAGCAAAGAAUUCAAUGAGGAAUAUGCUUUUUGUGACGCGGACUGUAAGCAUCAACAUCCUGCGUGUGAAACCUGUGGGGACAAAAUGUUAAACCAUGCUGGUGAAGCCCUGAAAAUCCUUGGAGGUGUAGGACUCUUCUUCAGCUUCACAGAGAUCCUUGGCGUUUGGCUUGCAUUUCGGUAUCGGAACCAGAAAGACCCUCGUGCAAAUCCAAGUGCUUUUCUAUAGUGUUACUGAACAGCUGCCUGCAAUCUUUCAAUCAAAUAAUUUUAUUUUACAGUUUUGGUCCCAUCUUUUAGCUGCUAAUUUCUGACACUAUGAUUCCAUGUUCAGAUUGGCUGGAAGAAAGGCACAGGGAACAGAGUGAACCUGGAUAUAGGGACUUUUUAUGAAAAAAAAA